AUGGAAUCGGCAUCGGCACCGAAGAAACUCGGCGAUGAGUUUGCUAGCGUUUGUGUGGAAAACAUCGCUUAUUUAAAAAUUUUACCGUGUAAAUAUUUGCGUCGACAAGCAGGAUGUCAGCCGAAUUAAACAUACUGAAGGAAAUGGGUUUUAGCGAGGAAAGAGCGAAGAAAGCGCUGCAACUAUGUGGAAACAACAGCGUAGAGUCUGCAAUGGAGUGGUUGCUGGCGCACGCGGACGAUCCAAUGGACACAAGCGAACCUGUCAGUGAUCCAACUCCCACGCAAGUUCCGGCAGCCAGAGGUAGGGAUAGUAAAGAUGAAGUUGCGGUUAAACAAGAACCUCCAAGUUCUCCAAUGUCAGGCGUUCCAUGUAGUAGCAAAGAGACAUCCGAAAAUGCAAAUUUAGACGGUGACCAAGUUCCACAGUUGCCAAAGUCUAUAAAGUGCGACGAUUGCGGUCGCAAGCUGAGGACAGAGGCAGAAGUGGAGUUCCAUGCAGUUAAGACAGGUCAUCAAAGCUUCUCUGAAAGCACCGAGGAGGUUAAACCACUAACCGAAGAAGAGAAGCUUGAGAAGAAGAAGAAACUGGAAGAAGUUAUUCGACAAAGGAGAAUAGAAAGGGAAGAGAAAGCGAAGAAGGAAGCCAUUGAGAAAGAGAAGAGCCGCAGGAAGGUUGGGCAAGAAAUUGCACAUACUCGGCAAAAAAUUGAGGAGCAAGAAAUGAAGAAACUUGCAGAAGAACGUCUGAGAGAAAAAAUGGAAGACAAGCUAGCAAAGCAAAGAGUUUUAGAACAGAUUGAACGAGACAAGCAGGCACGGCGUCAGAAAUUUAACAUGGACCCGUUACCUCAGCCUGUUCAGCCAGCCCCAGUUCAAGAGCUGGUUGCGCCUCCAAAGGACUAUUCAGAAUGCAAGCUCCAGAUCCGUCUUACCAAUGGGGAGACGCUGACCCAGACAUUUGGUGCUCAAGAACAGCUAGCUGCAGUUCGCCUCUACGUGCAGCUCCACCGAACAGAUGGGGACGCCCCCUUCACGUUGAUGACAUCGUUCCCGCGGAAGGUGUUCAAGGAAGAGGAUUAUGAAGUGCCGCUCGCAGGCCUGGGGUUGGUACCGGCAGCUGUCCUCAUUGUCACAAAAGUGCAGUGACUACCUUGCAUUUAAUUUGUGUUUAAACUCUUCCAUGCAGGGGUGUCUGCAUUGUAUAUUAUAAGCACAACAAUAAAUUUUCCAUGCCUGUUUUGGA